CGUGAACAGUGGAAACACUAGCAAGUACAUAAGAUAACAAACGAACGACAAGGUGAAACCGAAGGUAAUCCUAAGGAAUUAUGGAAAUUGUCGGAGACAGUUGACCGAACGGUGGUCUUUUUUCAGGGAAGAAAAAUGUCGAAUAGAAGCCAGCACUAUGGAUUCCAGUCAGGCACGAUGGUGCAGCCUGCCAAUGGCGGUCAUGUAUACUUAUUUGGAAACAAUGGCUCUGAGAACGACCUAUCAGAGGAGGAUGGAGAAAGCUUUGGGCCUCGACCACGUGGUAGAGAGAGGAUAAAGAGGAGCACCUCCCGAGAGAAAUUGGAUGAUAUCAUCUACCUUACCAGAGAUAUCCAGGAAGGGGACACCCUAAACAGCAUUGCCUUGCAGUAUCACUGCUCUGUGGCUGAUAUUAAGCGUGCCAACAACCUCUUGACAGAACAAGACUUCUUUGCUCUGCGUUCAGUUAAGAUUCCUGUGAGGCGCUUCAGUGUCCUCACAGAGACUCAUAACACUGGUCCCCUUAAAUCUACCUCCCCCACAGGGGCUAGACAUGUGCCCCAGUUCUCACCUGUCAUUUCCCUCCCUUCUGAGUCCUCCACAGACUCUUCUUCCUCUUCUACUGACAGCGUGGAAGGGUUUCUCCUGGAGAAGGACAAGGACAUUGAGCAGCUGGUAAAAUCUACGGGACCAUCUCGGAGCAGCCUCAACGAGGUUGUGUCCUCCCUAACGGUACAGCAGCAGCCACUGCUAGGAGGAGUUGAAUAUAAACCAGUACAGCGAAAGGACCCUUAUUAUGGGGCAGACUGGGGCAUGAGGUGGUGGACAGCUGUGGCCAUCAUGCUGGUUGUUGGCAUUGUGACGCCUGUUUUUUAUCUUCUAUACUAUGAGGUUCUUGUGAAAUCUGAUGUCAGUCAUCAUGGUGUUCCUACACAACCUCAUGGGAACAUCUAUCAUGAACAGGUAAAUGGUAAAAAUAUGGACCUUCCUGUUGGAGACAACCGUGCAGGGGCUGGACAUGGACAAGUGGUCAAUGGAGAUCUACAGAAUCCCGGUUUGGACAAUACAGCAGAAAGGGAAAAUGCACGACUUAAGAAAACAUAGCAGGGCAUUGUGAUAUCACAUAGUGACUAGUUUAACUUGGACUGAAUAAAAAUCUAGGAUUUUCCCAUUAAGUAGUCUUGACUUAUACGUUAUAAUUGGUUGGAUGCAAAGAGUACAUUUGCCAGUUAUUCUGUCCAUCUAACAGGAAUUAAUAGACUGGUGGUCCAAAUUUCUCUGCUAGUUUUGAUUGCUAGGUUUCUCCCCCCAAUUUAACCAGCAUAUUCUUUUCUAUUAUAGCUGAUGUGAUGUAUUUAGUUUCCCAUGAUGAUGCACUUUCAGUCAGCUAAAAGCUAAAAUUUUCCAAGGAAUCAGAAAUUCCAUCUUGGUUAUGUGAGCAUUCCCAAAGAAAACCAUGAAUUCUGGUUUUGUGUUAAAACAGUUUUUACUCAGUUUUGGGUGGAUGUGGGGAGUGUUCACAACUUACCUCUUGUAUGUAUGUUGUAAAAGUAUGACUGCUACCAAUGUUGCAUUAUAAAUAAUUUAUUUCAAGUCUGAACAAUAGCAUUUACUUACACUAUCAGUAUUUACUUCAAACCUAAAUUAUGUACUAUAUUUUCAAUAAAAGUACCUUGAAUGUGUCUCUUUUGCUAGACUUGAGAAUUUUUAAUAUUUUUUCCAUAAUAAAAGCAUGUUAGGAAUAUGAGAAAUGUGCAGUAUUCCCUCACAGUCAUGCUGUACUCAUGAACUUUUAGACUUUGUUAUAUAGCCCUUUUAUCACAAUGUUCACUUGAUUAUGGCAAAACAUGUUGACAGUAUGUGCCUUUCAACCUGUGGAAAAUAAAUCUAUUUUGAGUACA